AUGCAGGGUCCACUAAAAAAUUAUCGACUGUCAAAGUCGCGAUGGUCCUUUAUGCACUUUGAUGGGUGUCUACCAUCGUCAUUCCUUUAUCCUUUUCUGUCCAUUGGUUUUUUUGUUUCCUUUUUCAAGAUGAGGACGUAUAGGCCAGUUGCGGCUAUAAUCGACCGGAGCUUGCUCGGUGCCCGGUCCGCAGCACCUCGCCGGCUGUUCAGCGUAGAGGGCAGCCUGAGGACGGCGCGCCCUGUUUCUUCCCUCCAAAGUGCUACGCGUUUGGGCCACGAGAGGAGAUGGUUCAGUGAGAGCUCGAGGCUGCGCAACCUGAGCGCCGCACAGCAAGCACUAAAAGCAGCCCAAGAUGCCGCCAAAAAUCUCACGGCCGAGGCGGUGGCGAAGAGUAUGACCGAUGCGGAAAAGAUGAAGCUGGCGCGAGUGCGGAAUAUCGGCAUUGCGGCCCACAUCGACAGCGGAAAGACAACAUGUACCGAGCGUGUGCUUUUCUACACGGGACGUAUCAAGGCUAUACACGAAGUUAGAGGCAAAGAUGCUGUGGGCGCCAAGAUGGACUCCAUGGAACUCGAAAGGGAACGAGGAAUCACCAUCCAGUCUGCUGCCACUUUUGCGGACUGGACCAAGAAGGAGAAUGGCGAGGACGCCACUUACCACCUUAACCUGAUUGACACUCCGGGACAUAUUGACUUCACCAUUGAGGUCGAGCGGGCUCUCCGAGUCCUCGAUGGUGCCGUUUUGGUUCUCUGUGCUGUCUCAGGUGUCCAAUCCCAGACCAUCACCGUCGAUCGCCAGAUGAAGCGCUAUGAUAUUCCUCGCAUCAGCUUUGUCAACAAGAUGGACCGCAUGGGCGCCAACCCAUUCAAGGCCGUCGAGCAGAUCAACAAGAAGCUCAAGAUUCCUGCCGCUGCCGUUCAGGUGCCCAUCGGUGCCGAGAAGGACUUCGAGGGAGUCGUUGACCUGAUUCAAAUGAAGACGAUCCGAACCGAGGGUGCCAGGGGAACAAACGUUAAGGUGUCCAGCCAGAUCCCGGAUGACGUCAAGGAACUGGCCGAGGAGAAGAGGCAGGAGCUCAUUGAGAAGCUGGCUGAUGUCGACGAUGAGAUUGCCGAGAUCUUCCUCGAGGAGCAGACGCCUACUCCUGAACAGAUCAAGGCCGCUAUCAGGAGGGCGACCAUUGCACGCAAGUUUACCCCGGUGUUGAUGGGCUCUGCCCUUGCAGACAAGUGCAUCCAGCCCAUGCUUGAUGCCGUCUGUGACUACCUGCCAAACCCAUCCGAGGUCGAGAAUGUGGCCCUGGACCGCUCAAAGGGCGAGGCUCCUACCGCACUUAUCCCCUACGACGCCUUACCUUUCGUCGGUCUUGCCUUCAAGCUCGAAGAGAACCCGUUCGGCCAGCUCACCUACAUCCGAGUUUACCAAGGCUCGCUCAAGAAGGGCAUGUACCUUUUCAACUCUCGCAACAACAAGAAGAUCCGCAUUCCGCGCAUCGUACGUAUGCACUCGAACGAGAUGGAGGAUGUCAACGAGAUUGGUGCCGGUGAGAUUUGCGCCGUGUUUGGUGUCGACUGUGCCUCUGGUGACACCUUCACCGACGGCAACCUGCCUUACACCAUGUCCACCAUGUUCGUACCCGACGCCGUCAUGUCUCUGUCCAUCAAGCCGAAGCGUAGCAGCGACGCCGAUAACUUCUCAAAGGCCAUGAACCGCUUCCAGCGUGAGGACCCCACCUUCCGUCUUCACGUCGACGAGGAGUCUGAGGAGACCAUCAUUUCUGGUAUGGGCGAGUUGCACCUCGAGGUCUACGUCGAGCGCCUGCGUCGUGAAUAUAGGUGUGACUGCGAGACUGGCCAGCCGCGCGUUGCAUACCGUGAGACCAUCACCCGCCGGGCCGACUAUGACUUCCUUCUCAAGCGCCAGAGUGGUGGCCCUGGUGACUAUGCUCGUGUUGUGGGCUACAUUGAGCCCAACGACAAGAGCGCUGAGGAGAACUUCUUCGAGGCCCGCGUUGUUGGUGGCAACAUUCCCGACAAGUUCCUCAGCGCUUGCGGCAAAGGUUUCGAGGAGGCCGCACGCAAGGGUCCUCUCCUGGGUCACAGGGUUAUCGGCACAACUAUGAUCGUCAAUGAUGGUGCUACUCACGUUACCGAUUCUUCCGAUUAUGCCUUCAACCUGGCCACCCAGAUGGCUUUCCGCAAGGCGUUCGUUGACGCCGGCGGUCAGGUCCUGGAGCCGCUUAUGAAGACCACGAUCACUGCGCCCAACGAGUUCCAGGGUUCCGUGCUCAUGCUGAUGAACAAGCGCGGCACUGUCAUCGACACCGAGAUUGGUCCCGAUGACUUCACCCUCGUUGCCGACUGCUCUCUGAACGCCAUGUUCGGCUUUUCAUCGCACCUCCGCGCCGCUACCCAGGGUAAGGGCGAGUUUAACAUGGAGUUUAGCCACUACGCAGCGGCGCCUCCCCACCUCCAGAAGGAGCUCGUCGCCAAGUACCAAAAGGAACUUGACUCUAAACGAACAAAAUAAAACCGUGAUUCUGAGCACGGAGGCACUCCUGGCUGAGAUGAACUCAUUUAUACUAGAAGGGCACAUGCCUUGAUAGAAAUGUACAAACAAAAUAUAUGUACAAUAGAGCAAACUAGACCGGGAAUAUGUAACAAUAUCAUGUGGAUGAUCUCAACCUGUCAAAAAGCGCGUGUGUUCACACAUUUUCAAGUAGCUUUCAGAAGCAAAUAUCUUGUUGUCUUUUUUUUCACGCCUUUCUGUGUUGUGUUAUAUAGAACUUGUUCUAUCCAAUCGUACAGCGACUCCAACAACGAUUUUUAUUCACUCACAGGAAAAAAGAAUCGAGAGACCAAUUACAACCUCCUCAGAAUAUCCUCAAGAACCUGGUCGGUGGUGGCCUUGCCGCCCAAGUCGGGGCUCAAGACCUUGCCCUCCACCAAGUUGGCGUCCACAGCGGCGUAGAUCUUGGCUGCGGCCUCCUCCUCGUUCAAGAACUCGAGCAUCAGAGCAGCGCUGCGCAGGGUGGCGAUGGGAUUGGCAAUGUUCUUGCCCAUGAUGUCAGGGGCGCUGCCAUGGCAGGGCUCACCCAUGACGAAGCCGUCGCCGACGUUGGCGCUAGGGACCAGCCCCAAGGAGCCGACGAGAGCAGCGGCGCCAUCGGACAGAAUGUCGCCGUACAGGUUCGGGGCGACAAUAACGUCGUAGUCCUCGGGUUGCCGGAACAGCUUGUAGACCAUGCUGUCGACGAUCUGCUCCUCGACGGCGACGGAGCCGGCGAACUUGGGGUCGGCCAGGGCCUCCUUGGCUGUCGAGCGGAAGAGGCCGUCGGUCUGGGACAGGACGUUGGACUUGUGGGUGAUGGUCACGAGCGGCGACGAGUGGAUGCUGGGCGCGCCCGCGGAGCGAAUCUUUUGCCUCCGCAGGGCGAUCUCUCCAGCCAUAGACGCGAUACGGUGCGACGCACGGUACGAGAUGCGCUUGAUGGCCUCGGCUACGGGGCCGGAGCCGUCGGGGGCGUCAAAGGUGCGCUCGUCCUUGACAUACAGGUCCUCGGUGUUCUCGCGGACAAUCACCAUGUCGAUGGGCCGCGGGGCUGACACCACCGUCUUGACCGGCCGGACGUUGGCGUACAGGUCGAGCUUCUUGCGGAGGCCGACAAUGGGCGAGCUGUAGCCCUUGACGGGCUUGGUCGGGGAGCUGACGGCACCGAAGAGGGCUCCGUCGCACUCGCCCUUGAGGGUCUCUACGGUGCGGUCGGGGAGGGCGGUUCCCGUCUCUUCAAACGUCUGGAAGCCAGCUUGCAGAUCGACAAAGGAGAACUUCAGGCCGAAUGACGCCGGCAGGGCUUCGAGAACGCGGCGCCCGGCCGGGACGACAUCUUUGCCUAUGCCAUCACCGGCUAUGCUAGCCCAAUUCUGAGAGCACGAGCUGUUGCCAUUUUUACCGAGGUAAUGAGACUUGGGAUCUCGUACAAUUAAUUGCCUUUGAUGUUUGAUGACAAUGUGCGUGAUC